AUGGCUCUCUUCCCUCCAGACAGAGCGCUCCUCUACCCUCAAUUCGAGACUUACCGCCUUCACUCCUUGUCCCCGACCGAGGACGUCCAGGGUCAUCGUCUGCCGGGAUCAGGAACGACCCAGAGUCGGCUCGAGCAUGGUCAGCAUACCUUGUCUUUCAAGGAAACGAGAGAUAGGAUAGGAUGGGAUCAUUUGGCGGUGAAUGAGCAAGGGAGGGGGAUUUACGUUGAUAAGGAGUGGAAUAUUGUAGGAUUUGAGCUGGAUGACAAUCUCAUACCUUCUUUCUCUGUUCUCGCCACCCUCCCCACACCCAUAUCAUCCUCCUCCGCCCCUGCCCCUGAAUACCCCUCCACCAUCGCCAUCCACCCAAACCUCUGGGCCAUCUCCUCCGGCGCUGGCGACCUGCACCUCCUCUGUACUUCCGAUCCCACCUCAUCCUGUACACUCAGCUCCACCUUUACACUUUCCGGCGGAUCCGGCGGUCCAUUCCUCAUUCGCGCCGCCCGUGCUGAGUCGGACUCUAUCAGUCUGCUCUUGUCCCGCUCGGUCAUAGGUCCAGAGGAGGGCAAAAGCCGAACAACCAAGCGGACCUUUGAGCUGCUCGAGGUUGUCAUAGACCUGUCGUCAGCGGAGCAUACGUCGGAGCUGGAUGUACGGUGGCGAAUUCAGGCGGGAGAUCUGCCGGUGUAUACCGCGUGGACGGACGCGGGAUGGAUGGUACUUUCCGGCGAGACGUAUGGGAAUAGCAAGACGGAGGAGGCCUUGAACGAGGUGGAGAAGGAGAAGAGGGAGCGGGAUGCGAGGAUAGCCAAGCUGGGCCUCGGAGCAAGUCUACCGCAAGGGGAGCAGAGCGUCCCGGUCCCUCCAUCAGAACCGGCGCGAAUAUCCACCCCACCUCCGGACCAGCCUCUCACCUGGACUCAGACGGGCGAGUCGGCAUCUAUCCGCAUACCCUUCGCAGCGGGGACAGUCCGGUCCGACAUCGUCAUCUCCCUCCAUCCCACAUCUAUCAACCUCUCCGUCAAGGGGGUUCCGGCUGCGGCACAGCCAGAACCCCUACAGCAAUUCCUCCGCCAUACCGAACGGAGCUGGUGGGCCGAGAUCGACCCCGAUCUCUCCUCCUUCUCUUACGACUCCUCAUCCUCCACCCUCGAUAUCGAUCUCGCAAAACAGGACGGUGAGCACCGCUGGCCCUCCCUCUUCCUCCCCUCGUCCGACGACGACGAUGCCGAGAUCCCCGAGACCCUCUCUUCGGACGUCCUCGCAUCCGUCAGGCAGACAUUCGACUCUAUCCGCACUCGCGCGCCAGACGAGCCAGCGGGGAACCAUCCCGCGAUCCCGUCUCUGCUCAGAGAAGAGAUGGACUUUGAUAUGGAGGACGGAGAAGACUUUGAGGAUCGCGCGGCGGGAGCGAUGGGCGAUGGAGGUGGCAAAGUGGGUAGAGAGGUGUUUGUGGGGAUUCUGAGGGAUGGGAAGGCGGAAUGGAGCACAGCGAGCGUGACGGUCGUCUCCCUGCCUCUGCAGUCUGGGGGACGAGGGAACGGGAUGGAGGGGGUGAUUGUCAAAUCGGCGGUGGAUGGGUUAUUGUUCACUCCUUCGGCGGACCUGGUCGGCUCGCCGUGGACACACCAGGCAACAAUCCCGGCGCUCGCCUUUGUCCUCUCGUCAAAAAGGGACAUUCGGCUCGUUCGGCAUCUCACACCACUCCACGAUCCGGCCGCACCCCCAUCGCCAAAGAAGGCAAAGACGGAUCUAGACACUGCCCAGCAUCCAACGGUACUAGCGUUCGAUUCGGGCUCGUCCUCGGCAGGUCAGGGUAACGUGUAUGUCUACUACCCGCCAACGGGUAAGACGACGUCAAAGCAGGGGGUGGUACGCGUCAGUGGGUUAGAAAGAGGGGCGGCGCUAGGAGUGGCGAGGAUCAGGAAGAACGGAAAGGAUGUGGUGUUGGUGUUGUGUGAGAAGGAGCUGGUCGUGCUGUCUGGGGUCUUGUAG